ACGUCAUGUAAACAGGAAGUGUGUAAACGCAGAGGCGGCGAGUUCAAGUUUGCUUAGCUGAUGCCAUAAAUUCAGAGCGUGUUGUUUCAACAUAUUUUAAAUGAACAUAUCAGUGACCUUUCGGGUCGUUGUAGCAGUUUUGACUGCUGUGUGUGGAUUUGCCUGUCUUAAUUUCACCUCUUUUAGCCCAGGGGUGCUGGUGGAAGCUACAUUUCGGCUAGGCUAGGUUACUCGGUGACUGGCCUGAAUACUUUGGAAAUGUCGCAGAUUUCCAUACAGGUUUCUGCACAAUUCGUGGAGUUUGAGACCUGCGGGUUGUUAUUCCUGUUAGCUGAAUUGAUAUUGAACAGUUCGACAGCUUGAACAACUAGUUAAAUACUGUCGCUAUGGGAGACAAUGAGCUCAGCCUUAUUGACAAGCAGUUAACAAGUUUGCAAGGUCUUCCUCUGAGUCCUGCUGUUACAUCACUUAAUCUGCACUGCAAUCACAUCUCAAGGAUCGAGGGUCUCUCCUCUGCUUGGCAUCUGCGCCACUUAGACCUCUCUUCCAAUCGCAUUUCUAAGAUUGAGGGUCUGAGUUCUCUCACCUCCCUCAGGACUCUGAACUUAUCAUCCAAUUUAAUCACAAAGAUUGAAGGAUUGAAUGGCCUUGUAAACUUGACGAAAUUAAACUUGUCCUACAAUCAGAUAAAUAACGUCACAGGUCUGCUGUAUCUUCAUGGCACUGAGUAUAAGCUGAAGCACCUCAGUCUUAAUAGCAACCUCAUAGACAGCAUGGAUCAUCUCCUGCAGUGCCUGCUGGGGUUACAAGGUUUACGUAGCGUCACUUUAAGCAAGGAUGGUGGAGACAACCCUGUGUGCAGUGCACCAGGAGGAUACUGGGAAAUCGUUAUGGAGUCGUUGCCACAGAUUUCUGUCCUGGAUGGUCUGGACCGGCUGAGACAUCCAUCCUCUCCAGGUAUAAGCAGCCUUUGUGACAUCCCCUGCCUGGAGGACUACGCGGACUUUUUGGUUUCCUCUGAUGCUAGCCACAGUGAAGCGGUUAAGGGUGCUGCCACCACGCUGCGCAUCAACAAGGUGCUUACCCAGUUUCGAGAGCAGAUCGCCUUAGAAAAAACAACUGAGCAAGCCACAGAUCCAGUCACACAACCAGUCCGCCAGAGCUCUCAGCCAGUUUGUCCCACUGUGACUGAGCCGCCAAACCCCAUCGACGAAGAGCGCAUCAAGAAGCUGGAGCACCAGGUGUCACAGCUCAUCCAGCAGGUCCCUGCAGGUGAAAAACCAAGUAUCGCCACUCAGGCCGUGGCAAAGUUACGGAAAGCCAAGAGAGAUAUAGACCGGACAUCAGAAAGCGAAUGUGACAGCGGGAAAGAAAACAAGAAACACACAAGAACUACCAGAUUUAGUAACACAAUGAUGACAAGCACAACCACCCAGGAGAGCAAGAGCACCAGAUCAGACAGCGAUCAGGAGAAUCAUAAACUGAGGAUGUCAAAGUCUGCUGUGGGGCCCCGGAGAAGGGCUGUUGGAGCCGGAGCUGUACAGUCCAUAUCUCAAACCAGGAAAGGACCUUUGAGAGCAGCUAAGGCCUCAGGCAGUGCAGUGGCAAAGUCCUCAGUAGAAGAAGAAACCUACAGGACGAUCGUGGAGGAGCGCGAUCAGGAGAGAGAGAGGCGAUGGAAGGCAGAACAGGCUGUGCGGAAGCUGACAGAGGAGCUGAAGUGCCUGCAGACAAAAGUCAGCGAGGAAAAAGACAUUCAGAGCCUGGCUCUGCACACCACUGACAGACUGAAGGAGCUGCUGCUGAAAGAGCGGUCAGGACGUUCUGAGCUGCAGGCUCGUGUUGAGGAGCUGGAGAGGAGGUGUCAGUCGCUAACCCAGCAGCUGGAGCGGGCCCGGAGCAGUGAAGAACAACACAGGGCUGCGCUGCAUAGACUGGAGGAAGCCGUCUCCCAUAGAGAUGCUCUCAGGGCUUGCCAACAGGCUGAAGAGAUGAAACAUCAGCAGGAGCUGGAGAACAAGGCAGCAGCUCUGAAGAGAGAGCUGGACAUCCAGAGAGUCUCAGUUCGACAACACAAAGACAAACUGCAGCAGCUACAUGAACUGUUGGCAUCCAGGGAGCAGGAGCACAGAAAGCAGCUUGAGCUGCGGUUACAGCCUGGCGGGGUAGACUUCCAGCGGGCAGUGUCAAAGGAAGCAGCAGCAGUGGAGCAGAGACAUCAAGAGAAGGAAGCGGAGCUGCAGGAGAAGCUGUCAGAGGGCAGGAAACAGUAUGCUGCCCUGGAGGACGAGUUCCGCAUGGCGCUAACCAUUGAGGCGUCGCGCUUCUCUGAGGUGAAGGAGGCUUGUGAUCACAUGACUGCAGAGCUGAUGGAGGUCAAGGCGACCCUAGCUCAGUCCCAGCAAAGGGAGAGGAAAUCAGGCUCUCUGGUGCUUGAACUCACCGCUAUGGUGAAGGAACAGAAAACCCGCAUCUCUGGGCUCAUCAAAGCCAAGAAAGAUGCUGUCACUGAGCUCAAGAACCAUGUGCAUUCCCUGGAAGCAGAGGUGGAGCAAAGCCAGCGUUUAGGGCUACAGCUUGAGAUGCUAAAGAAGGAAAAGGCACGACUAGUGUCUCAGCUCACGGCUCAGGAGUCUGUCAUUGACGGCCUCAGGGCUGAGAGGAGGAUCUGGGGCCAGGAGCUUGCUCAGCAGGGUGCUUCUUUGGCUCAGGAUCGUGGACGAUUGGAGGCCAGGAUAGAGGUGCUGACUGCUGAGCUGGAGACUCAAAGAAAACAGAACGACAGAGACCACGAUGCCCUUAGAAUCAAAACCAAAAUCAUGGAUGACCAGACUGAGACCAUUCGCAAACUGAAAGAGUCCUUGCAGGAGCGUGACGAUCUGAUCCGCAGGUUGAAGGAGGAUGCUGUGCAGACCCAAAAAAAGUUUCAGCAGCAGCUGGAGGAUGAAACAAGCCAGAAGGCUGAGCUGAAGGACCAGCUGGCACAUCUGAACCUGCGUAAAGAGGAGCUGAAGCAGCAGCUGGAAGACAAGGAAGCAGAGCUUGAGGAUGUCAAAAGAGUUUACAGCGAUUCAAAUAAGAAGUGGCAGGAGAAAGCAGAACUGCUAACUCGACUUGAAAGCCAAGUGAAGCGCAUGAAGGAAAAUUUUGAUUCCAAGGAGCGCCUCCUGCUGGAAGAAAGAGAUAAAGCAUCAGAGGCACACAAAGCUGCAGCAGACAAAUUGCGAUCCGUGGACGAUGCUUUUCGUCGACAGCUGGAGUCUGUCCAGGCUGCACAUCAAGCCGAGCUGCUGCGACUGACUAAUGAAAGGCAAAAACGUAUAGAACAAGCCAAUCAAAAGGUCUAUGAGGUAGAGGAGGAGAUGCGUCAACUCCUGGAGGAGACGGAGGCUAACAAGAGAAUCAUGGAGGAGAAAAUAAAGCGCCUUACUAAUGUCCUAAAAGACUUCAACACAUAAAACAUCAACAAGACCAUUGGACAGUUUUUAUUCUAAAUUUAUUUUUGACAAGUACAACUGUAUUUUUGUAUAUUUUAAUAAGACUUCAUUGUCUUUUGUAUGGUUUAUGAAAUAAAUUUUCUUUUAAGGAAAUACACAA